AUCAUGGUCUUAGAUAAACUUUUUAUAAUAUCUUAUAUCACAGAUUUGAGAUUAUUACAAAGUGUGUAAACCUUAGAUCAUAUUAAUAUGAUGAUGUAUGUGUACAUGAUCUAAGGUGUAAACACUAAACAGACAAUAUUAUAAUCAAAAUUAAAAAUUAUAAUUUAUAGUAACUACUUAAUUGACUUUAGUACUAUAGGACUGACUACUUAUUAGUUUUUACUUAUUGACAUUUGCCUACUGAAAUCGUUCAAGAUGACUGAAGAUAUUCGUGAUAUUAUGGACAUAGAAAGGGGACCCGCUCCUCAGGUAUCUAAAGAAGAAAUACUUGGUACACAGACCAAGAAGAAAAUCUCACUACCAUCGGGUAAUCGUCAGACUCGUAGACCGGAAGGAAUGGCUCGUGAGGUGUUUGCCUUACUGUAUAAUGAUAAGAAGGAUGUGCCGCCUGUUAUUGAAACCGAAACUGGUCCCGCUUAUAAGCUCCAAAAGGCUAGAUUGGGUAUGCGACGUGUUCGUCCUUGGGUAUGGGCUCCUUUUACCAACCCAGCUCGGACAGAUAAUGUUUCUUUUUGUCAUUGGCGGAGAGUUGCCGAUGAGGGUAAAGAAUACCCAUUUGCAAAGUUUAAUAAGAAAAUAGACAUACCCAAGUAUACGGAUAUUGAAUAUAAAGAACAUUUAGUAUCGGAAACGUGGACUCGAGAAGAGACUGAUCGUCUUUUUGACAUGUGUGAAUGGUUUGAUUUACGUUUCAUAAUCAUUCAGGCUAGAUGGAACCUAGGAGAAUAUGAGAGCGCCGUUAAACGAUCUACUGAGGAUCUUAAAGAUAGAUAUUAUUCAGUGUGUAACACACUAACAAAGAUUAGAGGUGGAAGUGUCAAUGAAUCAAAAAUGUUUGAUGCUGAACAUGAAACUCGUAGAAAACAACAACUUGAAAGGCUUUACAGUAGAACUCCUAAACAAAUUGAAGAAGAACAAAUGUUAAUACAAGAAAUGCGUAAGAUUGAAGCACGGAAACGUGAUAGAGACCGUAAAACACAAGACCUACAAAAAUUAAUAAGUGCUGUUGAUAAACAAAAUGAUAGUCGGAAAAGUUUAAAAAUUGACAAAAAAACCACUCAUCACCGUAAACGUGUUACUGUUCCAGUCAGGCCAACCCGAGUUGAUCCAAAUAACUUUGAAGCUACUACCAUUAAAUUUCCGGAUAUUAAAAAUAGUGGAGUUUCUACUCGUUCACAAAGGAUGAAAAUACCAGCUAAUGUUAGUCAAAAGAAAGUCAAAAAUGUUGAACAGGCCUUAGAAUCACUAAAAAUUAAAUUAAAUCCCAUUCCAACUGAAGACAUAUGCCAAAAUUACAAUGAUCUCCGUAAUGAAAUUGUAUUGUUGAAUGAAUUAAAGGCGGCUUGUAGCUCCAGUGAUUUUGAACUGCAAACAUUAAAACAUCAGUAUGAAACGUUAAAUCCUGAUGGGGUUUUAAAAAUUGAUCCCCACCUUAUGGAAGAAAUGGCUAGUUUAAGUGUUGAUGAUGAAGAGAAUGAAGAAGUACCAGAAGUAAAAAUAAAAAUAGAAAUUAACGACCAAGAAAUGGAAGAUGUUACAGAUCCCAAUCUUUUGCCUAAAAAUGUUUUGGAUAUAAUAUAAUUUAAAAUGCUGUGAUGUUUAUAAAUCAAUUUGAUUUCAUUAUAAUUAUACUUUGUAUUACAUUUUCCUUGUAGAUAAUGC